UCUGGGUAGCGUCACCGGACAGAACAGGGGGCUCGGUUCUGCUACGUGAUACAAACCUAAAAUACAAAGGGGGAAGUCUGUAUAAAAGUCACCAGAAGGACGCGACACACGUCUAAAAACAUCCAACAUCAUGCCUGUGGUGGUUUUUAGGCCUUCCCAAUUAAUGUGGGCACGUUUGGCAGCGCUGGUGUUCACCUGUGUGGCGUUUAGUGUGGCGUCCCACGGAGGAUCGCUCUAUGGAAGCAUUGGCGAUUGGAGCAUCUUCUGCUGGGCUUUCAGCUUCGCCGGCACUCUGGUCGUCCUGCUGGUGGAGCUCUUGGGUCUCCAAUCUCGCUCACCUGUAUCCUGGAAUAAUUUCCCUAUUACAUUCGCCUGCUAUGCUGCAUUACUUUGCCUGACCGCGUCCAUCAUCUUCCCGUUGUACUUCCUAAAAGGCGAAACGAUACGCGGUGAGGUCCGUGACCACCGUAUCGCCGCCUCUGUGUUCUCCUGUCUGGCCACAGUUGCGUAUUUUGUGGAAGUGAGUCUGGCACGAGCACGACCGGGCGAAGUUGCCGGGUACAUGGCGACAGUUCCGGGUCUACUGAAAGUUUGUGAAACCUUCGUAGCCAGCGUGAUAUUCGUGUUUAUCAGUGACCCAAUUUCUUACGACUCUCACUCCGCUUUGAAAUGGUGCCUGGCCGUCUACUGCAUCUGUUUCGUGAUUUCAGCAGCCAUCGUAGUGUUGUGCAUUGGCGAGUGCACUGGGUGUUUGCCUUUCCCGUUUGCGCGCUUUCUUUCUGCUUAUGCGCUAUUGGCUGUCCUCAUGUACCUCACCGCCACUAUCAUUUGGCCCGUCUUCAAGUUUGACAGCCGUUAUAAUGGAAGAUCAAGCAGACCACCGAACUGUGGAAGUGGCCAGGGUUUGUGUUGGUGGGAUAAAUUGGUGGCCGUGGCCGUUCUCACCGCUCUCAACUUCCUGAUCUACCUGGCGGAUCUAGCGUAUUCGGCUCGACUAGUCUUUGUCACUGUGUGAGCGAGCAAAACCAUCAUCUUUACCUUUACAAAAGCCAAAGACAGUGUGCAGUUUCAGGAGCAGGAGCAAAAUGUUGAGUGUAAACUGGUGCAUGCAAGUCACAGAUAUCAUAUUUAUUGGUUAAAUGGUUAAUAAUUCCAAUAUAAGUCCUAAUUACAAGUCAGAAGGCCAGGAUUUUCUAAACUACAGCGGGGGAGGGGGAUUUUAGUGUUGUACACAAUAACGGAAAACUUGUUGAGAUUAUUAAUUAAUUUUUUAAUAUAAGUAAGGGAUAAUGUGCAUCCAGAUGGUUGUUAUUGCUGAUUAAAUCUCGAUGGGAUUAUCAGCAGCAGUUCUUCUGCAUUUAACAACCGGCUGGAUGUACAUUAUUCUGAUUAUUACACUUGCCACAAAACUAAACAAUUAGACACAAAACAUUGAUCUAUCUGAAACAAUGCACUAGCUCUUUAAUAAUACGUAAAGCCUGCAAAAAGAAAAAUUGUUCCUAAACGGCUGCAGCCUACAAUAACAUUGUUAUUAUUAUUUAUCAGUCACAAGGUGGCGCCAAACAGUCAAGAACAGCAGAGUGACAGACAAAUCAAUGAACAAGUACCUAAAUAUAUUCAUUAAAUGGUUAAGAUGAGUGAUAGUACUUUUAUUAGUACAAUUAGUAGUUUUAUCAAUUAUAUUCGAAGAAUAACAAGCCUUUAAAUGUUACGACUGUCCAAUCACAAUGAAGUAUUCCACAGAGCAGUAUAUAAUGGUGAAUAACAUAUAUUGAAAGUUGCGACUGUCCAAUCAGAAUGAAGUAUUCCAGAGAGCAGUAUAUAAUGGUGAAUAACAUAUAUUGAAUGUUGCAACUGACCAAUCAGAUUGAAGUAUUCCACAGAGCAGUAUAUAAUUGUGAAAACAUAUAUUGAAUGUUGUGACUGACCAAUCAGAAUGAAGUAUUCCAAAGAGCAGUAUAUAAUGGUGAAUAACAUAUAUUGAAAGUUGCGACUGUCCAAUCAGAAUGAAGUAUUUCACAGAGCAGUAUAUAAUGGUGAAUGACAUAUAUUGAAUGUUGUGACUGACCAAUCAGAAUGAAGUAUUCCAGAGAGCAGUGUAAUAAUGGCGAAUGACAUAUAUUGAAUGUUGUGACUGAGCGAUCAGAAUCAGGUAGUCCAGAGAGCAGUGUAUUAAUGGUGAAUAACAUCUUGGAACAUUGUGAGUGACCAUUCAGAAUCAAGUAUUCCAGACAGCCAUGCCAAAACGGCGAAUAACAUACCUUGGAGUGUUGCGACUGCCCAAUCAGAAUCAAGUAUUCCAGACAGCAGUGUAUUACUGAUGAAUAACAUAUCAUGGAACAUUGCGACUGACCAAUCAGAAUCAAGUGUUCCAGAGAGCAGUGUAGUAAAUUGAAUAACAUACCUUUAAAUGUUGCGACUGACCAAUCAGAACCAAGUAUUCCAAAGAGUAGUGUAGUAAAUUGAAUAACAUACCUUCAAAUGUUG